AUCAUUAUUGCUUUGUGCUAUACCAUAAGCAUCCAAUGACUUGUUCCACGCCGUUGACUCAGAUUAGCAUAUCAGAAGACUUUUUUUGAGGCCUGAAAUACUGAAGAGUACUAGUACUUGAUGUAACAUUUUGCACUUGCAAGUUGCAAGUGACUAAUCAAUCUCAAGGUCUAGCAAUCCCACUGAGUAUAUUCAGCUGCUCAGAUCCAGCUUCCUGCUUCUAUAAUUUCUCUGAUCUAUUUUCCGUCUCUCGCGUGCUCAAAGGCAAGGAAUAAUCAUGGUUGGUCUAGCUGACAUUCCAUGUGUGGGAAGAGCUGUGGACAGAAUAUCUGAAGCUGCAGUCGAAGCUGUGUUUGGUCGACUGCGUUACAUAUUUUGUUAUAAGGGUCUUCUUAAGGAUCUGGAUUCCGAACUCGUGACACUUAAAAUUGAGGAGGUCAGGCUAUCCAGAAAAGCUGAUGAAGAACGAGCUAAUGGGAAAAAACUCGAGGAUCAUGUAUCGAAGUGGCUGAAUGAUGUCGAAAAAGUCCAAGACACUGCAAAAGAGUUUCCGGAGAUGGAUAAAUAUAAACUUUCAUGGAGGUUCAUCCACUGUUUGCCAGUGCCAAACCCUGUCUCGCGGUUUAGACUGGGUAGAGAGGCUGUACAGAAGACCAGCAGAGUAAUUCAACUCACUGAUUUUGGAAAGGAGCUUCUGGCAAAUGAGAUUGCAUAUCUUCCGCAAGUCGAGAAUGUGCCAAAAUCUGAUGGUGCAUUCCGAGAUUUUCAAUCUAGAAAAGAUGCUUAUAGAAAGCUCUGGGAUGCACUCGUAACUGAAGGCAGUCCUUCAAUCCUUGGCAUAUAUGGAAUGCCAGGAGUUGGCAAAACUCGAAUCAUGGAACAAAUUUGGGUAGAGGCCAAAGAGAAGGGGAUCUUCAACAAGGUUGCGCGAGCAAAUGUUAGCAGUGAAAAGUUGGAUGUAAUAAGAUUACAAAACGACAUUGCGGGGUAUUUACAUUGCCAUUUUGAAUCGCAAGAUAACGUGGACCAUAGAGCUUCUCAGCUGAAAAAUAGUUUAAUAAAUGGGGGCAAGAUCCUUGUUAUAUUAGACGAUGUAUGGAGGGAGAUACCUUUAGAUAUUAUUGGCAUUUCGUUUGAUGAUGGCAGUAGCUCCAAAGGUUGUAAGAUCCUCUUCAUAUCUCGAGAAGAAGAUGUCUGCUUGCGUAACAAUUGUAAGCAACCUGUCAAGAUUACGCCUUUAUUAUUCAACGAAGCGUGGGAUCUGCUCAACAACACUGUUGGUACUGGUAAGAUUGAUUCUCUUCGGGACGAAUCCCUGGCAAAAAAAGUGUGCAAUAAAUGUGCGGGGUUACCACUCAUCAUUCAUGCAGUUGGGAAAUCACUGAAAUUCAUGUCUUACAAUUUAUGGAAGGAUGCACUUGAACAACUUGAAAAUUGCGAGAUUGAAAACGUACCUGGAAUAGGUCCAGAAGUAUAUGCUUGCUUAAAAGUGAGUUUUGAUAACUUAGUUGAAGAUGCAAAGCCAUGUCUCUUGUUGUGUUCUCUAUUCCCUGAAGAUGCUGAAAUUCCUAUCAAGACACUGAUCCAGUUAGCAAUAGGAUCGCAGCUUGUACACGGUGGAAGAUCAAGAGUACCUGCUAUGGUUGAUAUUCUCAAGUCUUCCUCGUUGUUGCUUGAAAGCAAGUACGAUGAACAUUUUAAACUGCAUGAUAUCAUCAGAGACGUAGCAAGAUCAAUAGCUGUCAAAGACCCAAAAUAUGCAUUUUUAUUUCUAAGAUGUGGCUCGCAGUUGCCUGCUAAUAGUGAUUAUGAUUAUGGUACACGGAAAGUAUUACAUUUGCAGAUAGAGAAAAAUGACUUUCGUUUCAGGGAUGAUCUGGUGUGCCCACUGCUGCAUACAUUGUCUUUACGAUCAGCCGACCAGGGGCCUUAUAAGAUCUAUAUACGGAACUUCUCAGGGAGCGCGUUCAUAAAUCUCAGAUAUCUGGUGCUCAUGAAUUUUUCUUUGUUGCGUGAGUUUUCCCUUCAUUCCUUAGGUAAACUUAGGACGCUUUUCUUAGAUCAGUGUGACAUAACUUACAUUGGUGAAACAGAGGUUAAUUUUUUUCCAGAAAACCUAGAAACUCUUUGCAUUGGGGAUUGUCAACUCCCAGUAAGGCUAACUUUACCAAACCUGAAAUAUCUUCGAAAGCUUGAAAUCAUUGGAAAGAUAGGUGAAGUGACAUUUGUGCCAAACACAAUAUCGAGUCUAUCUAGUCUAGAAGAAUUGCAUGUACCUAAUGGAUUUAGCAUUUGGGAUGAUGCAGCACCUCGAUUGGAGCCCAUAUGGGAUGAGAUUAGUAAAUUGACUCGUCUUACAAGUUUACAGAUUCUUUUCAAUGAUUUCGAGUCUUCUCAAGAUGCAACUGUAUUUUCUAGUUUACUUGAAUAUAAUAUAAGUAUGGGUUUAAGGCGGAACCAUUCACCUGUUUCAUUAAAGAAAUUAAUCCAGCUGACCGGCUAUCAGUUAGAAGUUUUCCAAAGUCUGAUGGGGAGGGCUGAAGAAGUGGUACUCUGGAGGGCCAUGGAUGUUAAAUUGAGUAGCAUCUGCAGUAGCAACAGAGAAGCAUUUGCAGACUUAAGAAACAUGUCCAUUGUAGAAUGUGACACGAUGGAGUAUCUAGUAAAGAUAUCACAAAAUGAGAUUCAGCAUAUUCAUCAGUGGGGGACAUCUUUCUCUAACCUAAUCAUUCUAGAAAUUAAAAAUUGCUCUGCAAUAAAAUACCUCUUCUGCAACUCUGUUGCAAUAUGUCUUGUGCAACUUCAAGAACUCCGCAUAGGGGGUUGCCCUGUGAUGGAAGCAAUCGUAAUAAAUGAAGGCACAAGUAAUGAAGAAUUCAUAAAUUUUCCCAAAUUAAAAUCACUGACUCUAUUAGAAGUGCCAAGACUCACAAGUUUCUACAGGGAAAAUAAAGAAAAGCAUUCCUUUUCAACAUCAAGAACGGAAAACUCAGUUCAUCAACCUCUGUUUGAUGGAAUGGUUGCAUUCCCUUCCAUAGAAGAAUUGCACAUUGAGGAUUUGGAAGAUACAACUGAUAUUUGGGGUGACCAUUACUUAAAUAACAACGAAUCCUCCUUUUGCAAACUAAAGAGCCUCGAGGUUUCUGACUGUGAGAAACUGGAAAUCUUAAUUCCACUUGCCAUGUUGCCUAGGCUGCGGAAUCUGGAAUUCUUAGGUGUAUAUUCUUGUCACACACUUAUCUCUGAAGUUGGCACUUAUGUCAGCAACAUAGUGGUACGCCCACUAGUAGCAUUAAGUGAAAUGGUUCUAGAAGAUUUGCCUUGUUUGACAGAGAUAGGAUUGAACUCGAGGGACCAAUAUGGAUCCAUGACUUUGUAUCCUAAUCUCAAAAAACUAAGAAUAUCGGAUUGCAAUAGCCUGAGAAAUGUGUUUCCAUCUUCCAUUGCCAGAGAUCUGACACACCUUGAGAAAUUGGAAGUACUAAGUUGCAAUAUGAUGAAAGAGAUAAUCGGGGAAGGUCAAGAAGAAAUCAGUAAUGUCAUUGUGUUCCCUGAGUUGAUGGAUUUACGGCUAACUGGUUUGCCAAAUUUGACCAGCUUUUGGUCAUACCACAGUGGAGAAGCUAAGACCUAUAAGCUUGAAUUCCCCAACAUGGUGGAUUUUGAACUUAGAGGUGGGGAAAUUAACUUGGAAGCGAUAGAGUUGGGCAGAAACGAUUCAACUUGUCAACUAAUGAGUCUAGACAUUAGUUGUGAAAAGGAGAUAAAACUUCCAAGUAAAUGGCAACUUCAAUGCUAUAAUCUAGAAAGACUGACAUUGAGACAGUACAGCUGGUGGCAUGAGCUGAAAUCUCAAUGUUUCUGUAGAUUAAAGGUGCUUAGAGUUAUUGAAUCUGGAUGCUCUACUCUCUUCUCAUUUUCAGUGUUUAAAAGUCUACAACAACUUCAAGAAAUAGAAAUAUCAAAUUGUGGUUUAUUGGAAGAAAUUGUGGAGGGUGGUGCAAGGGCUGAUGGAGCUUCUAACACAGACAAGAAGACUAUAACACUCUUUCAUCUGCAAUCUAUUAUUCUUGUAGGUUUGCCGAAUCUUAAUAGUUUUCUACACAGUGUAAACUAUGAGUGCCAUAUGCCAGCUUUAAAGGAGGUGAAAGUUAAAAGUUGUGGACUCUUCGCUCUUUUCACAUCCUCUGUCUUUAGGAAUCUCCAACAACUCGAAAAGUUAGAAGUAUCGAAUUGCAGAUUGUUGGAAAACAUUGUGGAGGAUGUAAAGGAAGAUGAUACCUUGGACAUCGCUGACAACAUGAUCACACUCUUUCGACUCUCAGCGGUUGUUCUUAGAGAUUUGCCCAAUCUCAAAAGUUUCAGUCCCUCUUCAAGACAUGCUUUCAAUAUGCCCAAACUAUAUAUCUUUCGUCUGUUUGGCUGUCCCCUUGUACAGAAUUUCACGCCCUUGAAAACGACCACAGGAUCAGUAUAUGGGUACGAUGGAGAAAAAUUUCCAGACCUGAACGAUUACAUAAGACAAAAUCAUAGAAGAGGGGGUAAUUUCAGUGACAGUGUUGGAGAAUCUAGUUAUGGUAAUAAGGAAAUAGAAAUUUUAGCCAUGUAAAAUUUUUGGAAUAGACUAAACUUAUGCCAAUUGAUUGGUCAGUUCAGGCUUGUAAAAUUUUAGGUUUGAGUUCAGAACAA